CCGUGGAAGACUUCGUUUAAAAUUUGUCAACUUCACCAUUACAGUGAAACAUUAUGUCUUCUCUUAAGGUAACAAACUUCAUUUAAACUUUAAAUUAUUUUCAAAGCUCUAUUAACGGACGUCAACUUGCGGUUGGAUAUGUAAGAUUCUGGUGGUAAACUACCUACUACUCCUCUAAUUCAACGUUAACACUUACUUUUCACGUAUGCAAAAUGUUGGGUCGGGAGGGUGGGGUAGGUGGCAGUUUACCAAAAUGUUAUACUGAUCCAAUUUCACCUAGCUAAGGUAUUGUUCUUAAAUAAUAACCUUUUCUUCUAAAACUAAUACUUAUUAUUCCUGUAGUCUUAAUAAACUUUAUGCUACCCGACCCAAGGGCCCGUUUCUUGAAAGUCCCGACAACUUCUUGGGCCCAGAAAACUGUUUUACGUUUGCAUUCAAGAUCAAAGUUUCAAUAAUUUUGAAAUAAUACGAUGGAACUAUCAGUUAAGGAAGCAAAAUUGUCUGGUUUUGUGAGCAAGGAACUGUGCUACUCUUCAAAAGGUUAGCCUGCGCGCAGACGAAAUUAAACUCUGGUUAACUCCGUCUGCGAAACAGCGCCGAAAUCCUUGUUCUGGACUUCCAGCUGUGUACCCAGAUUUGAGUACGCGCCACGAUUGGCCAGUUAAAAAGGCCUUUGUUUUGUUUGUCGUGAUCGCCAAUCAGGUUGAAGGGGAAUUCGAAACGCACUUCCGGUAAUUCGUUGAGUCCGUUGGGGGUCCAGAACAAGGAUCUCUGCGCUGCUUCGCAGACGGUACUAAUCAGAGUUUAGUUAUCGUCUGCAAGCAGGCUACAAAAGGUUUGAUUUUAAAAUUUGUCUUCGGGAGGGAAAAUUUAACGGGCCUUUCGAGAAACUGGCCCCAGGAAAAAAAGAAGGUUUGUAAGACCUUGAAAGGAAAACGCGCGAACAAAACAGAAACAAUUAACAAACGAACGGAAAUAGAGCGAUUUGAUUGGUUUGUCGAACGGAUACAAACGCACGUGGCUCUUGGUUGGUUAAGCGAACGCUCGGGUAAAAAAACUUCAUGCACGAAAACUUUCUAGAAAUUAACCGAUACUUUAGUUUGACGUCAUACUGCAACACGAUUGGCCAAUCGAACAAUGCCUUUUCCAUAUCAGGGUUUUCUUUGACGGGAAAACGAACGAAUUGUCCAUGUUUUGAUCUUUUCAUCCAUUGGCUGAUAAAACAAAUAACGAACACUUAUCGAAACCAUUUUUAAGGUCAUUCGAAGAUCGCUCUAACAAAGAGUUUGCUUUUCAGUUUUGUUUGCUUUUCUCCGUGUGCUGGUGCUUGCUGACCCAUAUGACCGCAGGCGCGCCUUCAUCCUAUGAGUUUCAAAGUGUUGAAGGCUACGUGGUUCCACCGUCGGAAUCAUCGAAUGGCACAACAGGGUAUGCUGGAGUCUCUGUUUUGUUAGUCUCGUUUCUAAUUUAUAUAAGUUGUCAAGUUAGCCACCUAACAUGGAAUAAUAAGGAAUUAUAAGUUAUUUCUUCCAAAAAGCGCCGGGGAAGCCGUGCGCUCGGGGGUUCAUGACCAUCGUUUUGUCAAUAAACGAAUGUUCGCACUCGAAACCAGUUUGACGAGAGGAAACAAGAUUGACUAGUCCAGAAGAUUGGGUUGCGGUGACUUUAAAAGAUUGACGUGAUUCCGGCAGAGCCUCAUUUUCUCCUACUUGUUCAAGAUGCAGGCUCUUCUUGCAAGGGGUCCAGGGAAAUUAGAGCAAUAAAUACAAGCAGGGGCGCUGUUUAAGAAAGUGACCAAUACCUCUUUCUUUCUUUUACCUUCUUUUUUGUCAGUUUUUCUGAAAAUCAACUUGAAGCAAUAAGUUUCCAUCGACACUUUUUAAGGUUAAGUACUUAAUUAAGGGCGCAUUCUGGUUAAAAGCACUGCUUUUCGUUUAUGCCGCCUUUUUCUUAAGUCGCUAGCCAAGAUUUCAUUUAAUCAAAAAAAUGACUCAAUUACUUGGAUUCCGUUGUUGUAUAAUUUUCUGUGAAUUUUUUGACGAUUUUUCGAAUUUGUUUAAUCAAAGGGCUCCUGUCAAUGUAUAAAAAUUAGUAGGAUGUUUAAAUUUUGAAAAACUGGAAAAUAUUGGAUUUGGCCUUUGUAUAGUUAAAAAUAACAAUUUGAAGUGAGUAAGAAGUAGACAAAUACCAGACACAGGUGCCCCUGAGCUCAUGUUGAUCAGCAAAGUGACUGGUUUACUGUGUAUACCUUUUCUACUCUAAUUUCUUUCCUUCUUAAAUCAACAUCAUUUCCCAACCCCCUCCCCCCGCCCCCUCGACACCCAACAAAACAACCAGAAUUCCCCUUUAAAAAAUAAUUUGAAUUUCGUUUUUGAUUUCUCGUUACAGUACUGGAACACAUGACAUUAAACGCUUUUUACGCCAAUUACCUCAAAUGCGCGCCUGUCAAGAGAUCUAUUCGCGGUUAGACCCUAAACAGUACUUCAAGACCAAAGAUAUUUUCAUUCCAAGAUUCGUUAACACUAUUGAGUGCGCAGGUACUCCAUCGAACCCUCCGACAUGCGGUCCAGCAAAUGGUUUCAUGCGCUGUUUGACCCGAUUUGGACGCGUAGAGUUUGUGCGCAUGCCUCGGCAUCCUUUGAUGUGCAGGAGACAGAGACGAGUGGUUAUUCCCAAUAUACCCGUUGGAUGUUACUGCGUGUAG